UAAAAAUAAAAUGGCCGGGCAUUCCUGUUUCUUUUGUGUAUUUUGGAGAUUUCGCAAGGGACGAUGUGUUCAAACAGACAGUUUACGGUAGUUUUUAGACGCUUGGUUAAGCUUUACAACAAAAUCGGCUUAGGAGAUUGAAUUACUCAUGAAUAUUUCGAGCAAACUUUUCGACACUAACGGGCAUUUGUUGCCGCCGGAGAAAACCAAUAUCAGACCUCUCGAUCCACUCACGAAAGGCCGAGCAAAGAGUCCUUCCCGUCGGUCACCGUCAAGACUUGGGAGGCAAAGCUCAGGAAGCGAGCUGAAACUCCCUAAUUUUGUGCAGGAAGUAACUCAAAACUCCGAGUCCUCGGGUGAUAUCCGUGUGGCGAGCCCAACGGCUGUAAGAGCUGAAUAUUUUACUGUGGAAAAACAUCGUAUUUCAACGGAUACCUCACCCAGUCAUGGCAAACACUUGAUAAAUCACCAUUUGGCAAAGGACUCGACAAGCAAGUUUAAACUAAGUGUGUUGUCUAAAUCGAAGGGGAAAUUCAAAAUGGAGUCAGGCAUUUCAAAUGAAGGAGCUGUUGCAUUAGAGUUGUUGGAAAAGCCAGUCUUGAGUUGGACAAUAGAAGAUGUUGGCAUAUGGCUGGAUGAGAUUGGUUUAAACAAGUUGAAAGAACAUUUUAUUGAUCGUAAAGUUUCUGGUAGAACACUUCUUAAUCUGAGCUACGAAACACUUGAAGAACUGAAUCUUUCGGAAUCCAGUGAAGAACGAGAGCACUUCCUCUCAGAGGUUUAUCAUCUUCAGCAGGAAAGCGGCCAUAUUGAUGACGAAGAAGAACAAAUGAUGGACAAAGAAAUUGAAGAAACAUUAAGAGGAGGUGUAAAUGGACAAGAAAACGGCCAUGACCGGACUCAUAUCUUGGUGAGUGGCAGCAGUGAUCUCACACCUACUGAUUCGUUCGCAUCAUCAAAAACGGCCAGCGACAAUACACCCUCGCCUACGUCAGAAAUGUCGAACGAUGCAGUUCUAAAUUCGAAAGACGAACCAGUUAGUCCUAAAUCAACCGAUCAAAAUAAACCAGAACCGUCUCGUCAUACCAUUACAAGCAAUCAGCUUUCGCCGACGAAAAUAAGGGCGAAAAAGGAUUCCUCAAAGCAAACAUCGAAGAAAACAAAGCCUCGUGGAACAAGAAUUUCUCGUCUCUUCAAUUCUCGCAGCAGUCACAAAGAUCCGUCUCUGCUUAAAACGGCUCCUCCGAUCUACAAGAAUGCUUUUCACAAUCUCAUGAACACCGGACCACAAGGUGUCAUCAAAGUUUGGACUGAAAUGUUUCUCACAGACAUGCAGUACGUCAGUUUGUUAGUAAAACACGAAGCAACCGCAUUUGAAGUUAUCAAGAUGGUGUUGGAAAAAUCAAACGCUAAAGAAGACCCGGAGUGUUAUCGAAUUUGUGAAAUAAAUGAACAUAAAAAAGAAUAUAUUUUGGAUCGAAAUGAAUGCCCGCUUCAGCGGGAAAGAAAGUGGUCUGACCCGGAUAACUGUAGGUUUGAACUGAGAUGGCGCAAUGAAAGACUAAUUGAGUGGGGAUCCACUGCUGAAGAUUUAUCAAAGAGGGCGAUUAAUGAGGAACCUCCUCACCAGGGAAAUCAGGACGAGGUUCAACCUAACAACACGUCAAGUCCUCCCUCGAGUGUUUCCACAUCAGAGGGGGAUUCUCCUUUAUCCAACGAGAAAAAACGCAAUAAUGUCAUGGAAACUGAGUUUGCUUAUGUCGUGCAAUUGGAUAACGAGAAAGAGGAGAAAGAGUCUGAAAUUGAUACGAGAAAGUCUGAGGUCAAAGAAGAAACUACCCCAAAUGAUUCCCAGAAUGCUUUAGACCCCUAUAAAGCUGGUGAUCCAGACUCUCUACAAAAUGCUCCUGUGAGACUGGUUUCCUCGUGCCCUGAUCUUUCCAAGAAAGAUGCGAUUGAUGGUGAUCCGGAAUACGGGAAUCUUAUUGUUUCUAAGAAUUUUGGUUUCUUGAACGCUGAAAUGGCUGACCUAACGGCUAUCGACGAUGAGCCUACGACAAAUCUCGAUAGCUCGUCGUCCUCCUCGGAAGAAAUCGACACCUCACCGACCGUUAACGAGUUUGAGUACUCGCAGCAGCUUCGUAGAUCUUCGAAGCGGCUAUCCGACCGUUUGAGGUUUCAAGGAAAGCCGAUCAUUGAGGGACAGGCGGUUGAGAUAGGGAUAAAUGCGAGCAACUUGGAUGAAACGAGGACAGUAAAGGAUAGCAUCGAUGGGAACGAUGGUGAAAUAGGGAAGAAUGGUGGACUAUCAAUUGAUAGAAGUGAAGGUAGUAAUGGGUUACCAGGGGAUCUUCUUGAAAUUACCCGAGCAGAUUUGAGCGCUGGAGGGGAAAAUGCCUCGGAUAUUUCCGAGGCAAAGGUUGUUAUGAAUGGGCAUGCGCAUGUAGACGAGACCACGGUAGAGCAGCCUGGGAGUGAGGCAGCGCUACCUGGGAACGAGGUCUCCCCUCCUGUAAUUUCGCCAGAAGUUCUGAAAAGGAUCGAGGAACUCGAGAAUGAAAAUUUACUUUUAAUCGAAGACAAUCGUGAGCUAAAAAAGAACUGCAGAACUUUUGAGGGAAGAAGCCGACUAAAAGAGCGGGAAUUAGAAGAAAUGGAAUUAGAAAAGAAUGAUUUGACCCAUCAGGUGCAACACAUGGCUGUCGAGCUACACUCGUUGAGAGCGACCAACACCGAACUUCGUGCGGAGGUUGACGAGGCCAACACGAAACUUGGUGAUGUCGAUGGCUGGGUCACGCGGGACGUGUUCGAGGAUAUUCGUGGACAGUUGUCCGUGAGCGCCGAGGAAUGCGAUAAGAAAGAUGAGGAAAUUAGAGAAAUUGAAAAGAAAUGUAAAAACCUAGAAAUGGAGAAUAAGAAAAUGCAGGAACUUGAAAUGGAAGUGGAUAAACUUAACGAAAGAAUAAAAGAGGACGGGAAAGCGACGGAAGAGACAAGAAAGAAGUUGAGAGAUAAGGAAAAGAGUGUAUUAGAGCUCGAACUGAAAGUUGAAACAUUAGAAAAUUCCUUACAAGAAAAGGAAGGCAAGUUAGCUGAAGUGGAGGCUGAGGCAGAGGGUUUACGGAAGACUGGUGCAGAGGUGAAAAAAGAUUUGCAGAAGAGAGUUUCUGAUCGGGAAUACGAGAUCUUGAUUAUGAAGGAAGAGAAAAAGGAGCUUUGUGUGAAGAUGAAAAGUUUUGAAAGCAAUGUAGAAACAUUGCGAGAGGAAAUGAAGAAAAAAGACGCAGAACAUGAAGAAGCCAUUGCUGAGAUUGAACGACAGACCGCCAUUAAAGAUGAGAGUCUUUCGGUGAUGGUGUCCAAUCUCGAGGAACUUGUAAACGAAAGAGAUAUGAGAAUCAAGCAGUUGAAAAACCAAAUUGCGCUCUCGGGCACGCCUCAAAGUGAACUGGAAGCGAGAGAACAUGAGUACGAGCAGAAUAAGGCGUAUCUGAAGCAUUUGAUUGCUUUAGUCCGUGAAAAAGACCCGACAAUUUUGGACGGCUUGAAUAAGAGCCUCAGUUCCAGAGACUCUGAAGACUGGUGUUAAAAUCAUCAGUCAUUUUGACUCUCCUGUCAUUAUUUCACGUGAUCAUCACAUGCAACAUGCAAUACGAAUCAUCAUUGAAAGCCUCUGUAAUACGUAGUAUUUAAAAUUAGUUUUGUAAUAUGAAUAAUUUGCGCCUAAGAUUGUUAUAAAAUAACUAUUUGUUGAGACUAUUUCACAAGUUGAGUUGUAUUUAAUUGAGGUUAUUUACUUGAAAAUGGUUGAGUUGUAUUUGUAGACGUCCAGUAGCCCAGUUGUCCAGUUACGUAUUGCGGUCUGCGCUGCAUGCAACUUACUGUACUAUAGAUAUAUGCUACAAUUGGUGUGCAUGUAUCACAGACUGCGAUAUUAAACUGGACACAUACUUCUAGCUUACUUAAGGUAGAGAUGUCAAAGGGCCUUGAAUCAAAUUGGUUGGUAAUGCAACAGUAACAGCGGAGAAAUUAAAUUUAUCUCCGACAAUUCAAAUAUAUGGUUCAUGUGUCUUCUAGCUGAUUAUAGUUAGACAAAAAUCAUUACAGCACGAGUAGUUUUUCUAGAAAGGAAUAUAGUAUUUUAUAUUUUAUUACGCACAGAAUACAUCAAAAUUUUAUACUAGGGACAUAA